GAGAAAGAAAUGAUGCAGUCCAAGAAUAUAAGCGCCUCGUGCGGAGGAGGGAGAGAGAGAUAGCCGGAGGAGGAGGGAGGAGAAAGCGGUUUUGUGAAGCGGUUUUCAGGUGGAUCCGUUCCGUACAAUGACUGGUUUCGGCUUCAGGGCGAGUAGCUUCUAGUGGAGGACAGGAGGCCGCGGGCGCCUCUGAGGCGGGGAGAAUAGGAGAGGAAAGGCAGGAAGGAUGAUUUCGAGGAGGCUCGUGCUCUUCUUACUCUUCAUCACCGUCGUCUCUCCUUUAGUGCUCUUCACGGAGAGAUUAGGGACGUUCACUACCUCUUCCGCUAAUGAGGGAUUUGGUGAAGAGAUCUCUACGGUGAGCUUUGGGAGCGAGACUGACAAACUGAACGCAGUACAACAGGAGUCCCCAAAUAAGGUGAAGGAGCCAAUUGGAAUUGUUUACCUGGAGAACUCUGGUGAAUCCUUGUUGAAAUCUAAGGAGAACUUGGUGGAAAAUGAUUCUUCUUUAGGCAAUACAGGGGAGCACAAAUCUAGGGUUUUAUCUGCUGCUGAUGAUGAUGUUCAAUCAGGAGGAAACACCAGUGAAGGUGGAGAUCACAUCGAGCAAGUGACAACUAAAAGCAAUGAGAAUGCUCAUAUUGAACAAGUGACUGAUCAAGUUGAGAGAGAAAAAGAUGAGAAUGGAGAAGAAUCAGAUGAAGCUGCAGAAAUUAAUGAAGAAAGUAAAGCAUUGGAAGAGAAGAAAGUAAACGAGGACGUCACUUCUGGGGAUAAAGAAGAAAACAAAGAGGAGGUAGCGACGGUUCAUGUUCUUCCCACCGUGCAGAAAGUGGAACAGACAGCCGAAACCACACCUGUAGAAAUGCAGGAAGAGAAGAGAAAGGAGGGGCCUCGCGGAAGAGGAUCUAGGAAGGUUAUUGAUGAAAGACAAAGCAAUCCCCCACCUAUGCCAGACUUUCGAGUUCGGCAAAUGAGAGAUCAGUUGAUCAGGGCAAGGGUUUAUCAAAGUCUUGGACCAAUUCGAAACAACCCUCACUUCAUUAGAGAGCUCAGACUAAGGGUAAGAGAAGUUCAGCGUGCACUUGGUGAUGCAACAAGAGAUUCUCAACUACCGAGGAAUGCCAAUGAUAAAACGAAGGCAAUGGAGCAGACUCUGGCCAAGGCGAAGCAGAUCCAAGAUGAUUGUUCUACUGUUGUGAAAAAACUCCGAGCUAUUCUUCAAUCUACAGAAGAGCAGCUACGAGCACAUAAAAAACAGGCUAUGUUUUUAACUCAGCUUGCUGCAAAAACUCUUCCAAAAGGUCUCCACUGUCUCCCACUUCGUCUCUCUACAGAAUAUUACUCAUUAAACUCAAGCCAGCGGGAAUUCCCUAACCAAGAGAAGCUAGAAGAUGCCAAGCUUUACCAUUAUGCAUUAUUCUCAGACAACAUAUUGGCAGCCUCUGUGGUCGUGAACUCAACUAUAACUCAUGCUAAGGAGCCAGAGAAACAUGUUUUCCAUGUUGUCACUGAUAAGCUAAACUAUGCUGCCAUGAGGAUGUGGUUUCUGGCUAAUCCCCCUGGGAAGGCCACCAUUCAGGUCCAAAGUGUUGAUGAAUUUACAUGGUUGAAUGCUAGUUACAGCCCAGUUCUCAAGCAACUUGGUUCUUCAUCCAUGAUUGAUUAUUACUUCAGAACUCAUCGUGCAAAUUCUGAUUCGAACUUGAAGUUUCGCAAUCCAAAGUACCUUUCAAUACUGAACCAUCUUCGAUUCUAUCUACCUGAGAUCUUUCCGAAACUCCAGAAGGUGCUUUUCUUGGAUGAUGAUAUUGUUGUUCGGAAGGAUCUGUCUGCACUUUGGGCAAUUGACAUGAAAGGCAUGAUAAAUGGGGCAGUAGAAACAUGUCAAGAGAGCUUCCAUCGGUUUGACAGAUAUCUGAACUUUUCAAACCCCCUAAUUGCUAAGAACUUCAACCCUCGGGCUUGCGGAUGGGCAUAUGGCAUGAACAUGUUUGACUUGGAAGAAUGGAAGAAGCAGAAAAUAACGGAGGUGUAUCAUUCAUGGCAGAAGUUGAAUCAUGACAGGCAACUGUGGAAACUAGGGACCUUGCCACCUGGUUUGAUAACAUUCUGGAAGAGAACCUUUCCGCUGGACAAGUCAUGGCAUGUUCUUGGCCUUGGUUAUAAUCCAAAUGUUGAUCAAAAGGAAAUUGAGCAUGCGGCAGUCAUACACUACAAUGGAAACAUGAAGCCCUGGCUCGAGAUUGGCAUGCCGAGAUACCGCCACUAUUGGUCCAAGCAUGUUGAUUAUGACCAAGUAUAUCUUCGGGAAUGCAACAUCAACCCAUGAGACGUAGCCAACCACAAUUCUUGGUUACUUCGGCCACGCAUGUCUUCGGGAAUGCAGCGUCGUCCCCAAGGUAUCAUGGAUUCUUUUAGAUUGUUGUGGCACCAAAGACGCAUAACUUUGCAGGUUUGGUUCCCUUGUGCAUAUUUGAGAAAUGAGAGCUUUAGUUCAACAUCUUUUGUUUUUUCUAGUCCUUCUCUUGCAGAUUCCAUUUAUUGAGUGUAUCUACAGCCUUUACUGGUAAUUCGAUCUAAUCUUUAUGUAUUUUUUUUUCUCUUUUUACCCCUUCCUGGAAUUGAGAUGAGAUUAACAGUUGUUUAGAAUUGAAUUUGUGGGAUUUACUGUA